AAAUUCUGGCCACUGAAGUUCUGUUAUUUUUUUAAUUAAAUAUUCACCAAUAACCUAGAAUACUUUUUCUACCGGGCCAGACAUGGCACACAAGAGAAUGGGUUACUCUGCGGAUGAUCUUCACCAAGGCACUUCUCAGAAGAGACACAGAAUUAGGAUAAGUGAUCCUGGAGAUAAUGCUUCUGUCUUGCAUCCAUCACCACAUCAAAUGAGGCUUCUGUGGGACCAUGACGUCAGGUGCGGCUACAAGUAUAUGGGUGCUCCGAUGAGAAGAUGCUCUUCCAUUGAAAAACCUGAUGAACCUGGUGUCUGUGCAUUAAGUGAUGAAACUAUGACCCUUAUGAUGUCAGAAAUAAGAAAUAUGUGGAAAAGACUGAGCCUCAUACUUGAAAUUUUUGAAGUGAAGGAAGAACCGACACUGGGUCAUAGGCUUCGUGUUAAGGAGAACCUGCCUAUCAAAGUGUCAAUGAAGCCUUGUGAUCAGGUUUUGAUUGGCUGGAAAGUCAUAAUUCCUCCUGACUGUGAAUCAAGACACCUUUAUGACAGAAGUCGUCUGAAAGAGAGUGACCUGUACUUGGGCGGACCUCUUUCGUUCUGUAACUGGUCAUCUUCUGCAUCGUCAACUUUGAUUGUAAGAGAAAUUUCCCAUGGAUCCCGCAGACACCAAGUGCGCGCUGAGACCAAGGGUGUGCUGCUGGCUGGAACAGAGCUUCUCUGGGAUUAUGGAGAAAAGAAGAGGCCAGACUUUUCCAAAGUUAAUUGGAUUAACCCACUGUGUUGUACUAGUGACCAUCAGAUCGCAAAGCCACUCUCCAAGAAAAAAUCAAAGGAUGAAGUUUUUCCGGAGUUGUGUGUCCUCUGUGGAGCACCAUACAGAUUAAAUUCCAAUAAAUCGGUGGACAGGAAAGCACAAAAGAAAGUCCAUUUUCUGAACAGUCAUGUUGACUUUCUGGGCUCAGACUGGACUGGUUAUGGGACAUUUGAUAAGAAUGUGUAUGAAAUAAAUUAUGAUCAAGCUUUGUUGGAAGCAGAGCGUCUUAAUAGAUUACUGCAAAGACUUCAUUCCAAUGCAUGGAAAGUAGUUCCUGCAUGCACGGUCAUGACCAUAAAGGAGCAAGCAGAGGAUACUGAUGCAGUAAUGAACACUUUCAGAAAACACUGUGCACGGCUUAUGAGGGUAGGGUGUAUAGUCUUAAGAGGACGUGUUGUCCCUACUACUGUCGAAGAUUUGUUGCCAGUCAGUCCUUGUCGUUGGGACAAAUUAUUCAGUGAGGAGGAAAAGCCCAAAAGAAUAUAUGCUAUGAAGGAACCUGAUCGGUUGGCUAGUGAAGCUAAAUUGAAAGAUUGGUGCUCCCAAGACGUAAUGAUGGUCAUGAAUACAUAUCAUGAGAAUGGAGACUCAAGUUCCGAAGAUGAUGAGUAACAGUUCCUAUUUUGUUGAGCAUCAGCUCUUAAAAAG